CCAGCAGCUGCUGGUGAUGAAAGAAGAAGAAGAUGCUACUGAGCAGCAGGAGUGCAGCUCCAGUCUGGAUCAGGAGGGACAAGAACCUCCUCUCAUUAAAGAAGAACCAGAAGAAGAAGAUCUAGACCAAAUCAAAGAAGAGGCCACCCAGUUUUCCCUCACUCCUGUCCAGGUGAAGAGUGAAGAUGAUGGAGCAACCAGCAGCUGGACUCAACACAUGAAGACAGAAGCUGAUGGAGACACCUGUGGAGGAGCAGAAGCAGCCAGUGACUUGGAUACACCUCUCCUCCCUGACCACCAGAGGUCGCCUUGUUCUGACUCUGACACUGAAGACAGUGAGGACUGGAGAGAAGCCAGUGACACUCGAUCAGUCAAGUCUGUGGAGGAUCUAAAGGUUUGUGUCAGUGGGAAGAAAGAUGAUCAUGAUUCGCUGAUGUGCUCUGUAGAAAAGCCUUUUGUCUGUUCUCAUUGUGGUGAAGGCUUUAUGCAGAGCAAUUACCUAAAGGAACACAUGAGAAGUCACACUGGAGAACAACCUUUCAGCUGCUCUCACUGUGGCAAAUGUUUUUCUCGGAGAGCGAACCUGAAAACUCACAUGAGAGUUCAUACUGGAGAAAAGCCUUUUGUGUGCUCUCACUGUGGCCAAAGUUUUACACAGAGUGCUCAUCUAAAGGCCCACAUGAGAAUUCAUACUGGAGAAAAACCCUUCAGAUGUUCUCAGUGUGGUAAAUGUUUUUCGCAGAGAGGGAUCCUUCGGACUCACCUGAAACAUCAUCUUGGAGAAAAUGCUUUCAGCUGCUCUCAGUGUGGCAAAGGGUUUUCACGGAGAGGGAGCCUGGAAACUCAUCUGAGAGUGCAUACCGGAGAAAGGCCUUUUGUCUGCUCUCGGUGUGGACAAAGUUUUACACAGAGUGGACAUCUAAAUGUACACAUGAGAAUACAUAGUGGAGAAAAACCUUUCCGAUGUACUCACUGUGGUAAAUGUUUUGCACAGAUCCAUUACCUGAAGAUACACGUGAGGAUUCAUACUGGUGAAAAGCCUUUCAGAUGCUCUCACUGUGAUAAAUGUUUUACACAUGUUAGCAACCUUAGUACUCACCUGAAACUUCAUACUGGGGUAAAUCUUUUUGUCUGUUCUCAGUGUGGUAAAACUUUUACACGGAACCAUGCCCUGAAAAAACACAUGAGAGGGCACCUUGGAGAAAAACCUUUUUGCUGCUCUCACUGUGGUAAAGGUUUUACACAGGCGUAUCUACUGACAGCUCACACACGGAUUCAUACUGGCGAAAAACCCUACAGAUGCUCUCAGUGUGGUAAACAUUUUAAGUGGAAACAUUCUUUGAACAUACACAUGAGAUGUCACUCUGGAGAAAAACCUUUCAGAUGCUUUCUGUGUGGUAAAGGUUUUACGCAGAGAAAUUGCCAAAAGAUGCACAUGAGAACUCACACUGGUGAGAAACCUUUCAGAUGCUCUCAGUGUGGUAAAGUAUUUAAGUGGAACCACUCCUUGAACAUACACAUGAGGUGUCACACUGGAGAAAAACCUUUCAGGUGCUCUCAAUGUGGUAAAGGUUUUACACAGAGCUAUUCUCUGAGGAUACACACGAGAAGUCACACAGGAGAAAAUCCCUACAGAUGCUCUGUGUGUGGUAAAGGCUUUACGCAGAACCAUUCCCUGAAAAUACACAUAGGAAGUCACACAAAAGAAAAACCUUUCAAAUGCACUCAGUGUGGUAAAUGUUUUUCACAGCGAGGGAUCCUCAGUACGCACCUGAAACUUCAUACUGGAGAGAAUCUUUUUGUCUGCUCUCACUGUGGUAAAAGAUUUAUGCGAAAUUAUUCCCUGAAGAGACACAUGAAAACUCACACCGGAAGCUAACCUUCGUGCUGCUCUCACUGUGGUAAGUGUCUCUCGCGCGGCAGGAACUGAAGGACUCUGAAGGAAGUCAGAUUAUCCUGAGUCUGGCUUUGGGCCAGAAUUUCUUGAAUUUUGUAGCCUGAAAAAGCUUCCUUAAUAUUCCACUCACCUCUGUGUAGAGCAACGCAGGAAGAACUUCAGAUGACGUUGUAUGUUGUUGAAAUCAUGAAUGUCCAUCUGCAUGCUAUGUUGGUCCCAGGUCUUUGUUGAUAUCUGCACUGAAGAGAUCUGAGUUCUCAUCAUCAAGAUAGCAUGGAAAAGUGAAUUAUUGGUUUAGGCAAGUGUGACUGACGUGACAGGGCUGAUGGAGAGGCCUCAGUUUAGUGAUCUGACCACUGGGAUUGCUGAGUCAUCAGUUGAAGUUCAGAAGGUUUGUUUCGAUAUUGCCAGCUGAACUAUAAUAAUGGAGAUCUUUUAGAUGUUGAGCUGUAUUCAGUGGAUUUCAUUAUUGCACUUUUUGUUUUUCAUUGGUUUGAGCAUUUAUUUUAUUCAGAGUAUGACCUAUAUACUGCACUGUGUGAUAGCCUUGUGUCGUUUUUAAGUGAUAUAUAAAUAAACAUGGAAUGGUAAGAUGCAGCAGGAACAAAUGUUGUAAAAGAAAUGGACUUUUCUGCAAUGA